AUCUCUUUUUUAGUCGGCUAAACGGUGGCGUACGGAGAAUUUGAUAUUGUAGCUACCAAAAGACCUUCGUGGAGAUUACAUCGACCCUCCUGUCUAGUGUAGUCAGGAUCGACCUGUUUGUGUGGAGAGUUGUAAGCUGUAGUUUUUUUUCGGACGCUCCUCUGUUCAUAUUGAUCACGUCGUGGCCAGUCAGACUACCCACGCACCUCUCAGAUCGACCUGUCUGUAGUUGUAAUCUGUAGUUUUUUUUUCGGACGCUCCUCUGUUGAUAUUGAUCGUAUCACGAUGAUGCGGCGUCUGAGGCCGUCCAACAGAGUCGACAUGAGCCGGUCUUACGCGGAGAAGCGCACAGAAGGCGGCGGCGGGUCUGCUAGUGGGACCGCGGUGGGAGAACACUCAAGGUGCAUGGCCGACUACCUGAUCAGCGGAGGGACCGGGUACGUCCCUGACGACGGGAUGACCGCAUCGCAGCUUUUCGGGACCGGGGAAGGCCUGACUUACAAUGAUUUCCUCAUCCUGCCUGGGUUCAUAGACUUCACAGCAGAGGAAGUGGACUUAACUUCUGCGAUGACAAAGAAGAUCCAGCUGAAGGCUCCACUGGUCUCCUCCCCCAUGGACACAGUGUCUGAGUCUGACAUGGCCAUCGCUAUGGCUCUGACAGGAGGCAUUGGCAUCAUCCACAGCAACUGUACUCCAGAGUUCCAGGCCAACGAGGUUAGAAAAGUCAAGAAAUACGAGCAGGGUUUCAUCAUGGAUCCGAUCGUACUGAGUCCGGAGCACACGGUGGGAGAUGUGUGUGAGAUGAAGAGGAAACAUGGGUUCUCGGGAAUCCCGAUCACGGAGAAUGGGAAGCUGGGAGGGAAGCUUCUCGGCAUCGUGACCUCACGAGACAUCGACUUCAUGAACAUCGACCAUCAUCACAUCAAGCUCAGAGAUGUGAUGACUCCGUUUGAAGAACUGGUUGUGGGACAUGCAGGAGUUUCACUAAAGGAGGCAAAUGAGACGUUACAGAGGAGCAAGAAAGGAAAACUGCCGAUAGUGAAUGAAAACGACGAACUGGUGUCUCUAAUCGCCAGGACAGACCUGAAGAAGAACAGAGACUACCCACUGGCAUCGAAGGACUCCAAAAAGCAGCUUCUCUGUGGAGCGGCCAUUGGUACCAGGGAGGAGGACAAGUACCGGGUCGAACUACUGGUACAGGCGGGGGUGGACCUGGUCGUGCUGGACUCGUCACAAGGGAACUCCAUUUACCAGAUCAACAUGAUCCGCUACCUGAAACAGAAGUACUCAGAGCUGCAGGUUAUAGGGGGAAACGUUGUGACAGCGGCGCAGGCCAAGAACCUGAUAGAUGCGGGGGUGGACGGGCUGCGUGUGGGGAUGGGCAGUGGCUCCAUCUGUAUCACACAGGAAGUGAUGGCAGUGGGUCGACCCCAGGGCACGGCGGUGUACAAGGUCGCGGAGUACGCGCGAAGGUUCGGAGUUCCGGUGAUCGCUGACGGAGGGAUUUCCACGGUGGGGCACAUCACUAAGGCUCUGGCACUGGGAGCAUCCACAGUAAUGAUGGGUUCCCUGCUAGCCGGUACAUCAGAGGCACCAGGAGAGUACUUUUUCCAGGACGGUGUUCGGCUGAAGAAGUACCGGGGCAUGGGGUCACUCGAGGCCAUGGAGAAGGGCAAGGCAUCGCAGAACAGAUACUUCAGUGAGAGUGACAAACUGAAGGUGGCCCAGGGUGUUACAGGGUCGAUCCAGGACAAGGGUUCAGUGCACAAGUUUGUUCCUUACCUGAUCGCUGGGAUCCAACAUGGCUGCCAGGACAUCGGGGCUAAAAGCCUGUCUUCUCUCAGAGCAAUGAUGUACAGCGGCGACGUGAAGUUCCAGAAGCGAACAACGUCGGCCCAGAUGGAGGGCGGGGUUCACGGUCUCCACUCGUCCAUGAUGUACAGUGGAGAGCUGAGGUUCGAGACACGAACAGUGUCUGCGCAGGUGGAGGGAGGGGUACAUGGGCUGCACUCGUAUGAGAAGAGGCUAUACUAGGGGAAGAACAGAAGACUCUUCAUUCUCCUGUUGCAGUUUUGUUAUUCAGUCCACACAAGUCUUAUAUUCCAACAACUCUCAGAGACGUCAUUUAUAUGCACACGUGUCUCAAUGCCCAACUUGCCAGCAACAGUUGUUUGUAAGCCACUCUGGGAUUGGUCAGUGUCUCCAUCACUGGGACACAUCUGACCAAUGAGAAGAAGCCAUCUACCUUAUUUGAAUUUCAUUAUUGUGCUGAAAGCUAGGGCCAUACCAAUUCAUUUCCUUGGUUCGCUGACGGUUUAAGCUGAAAAUAUAGCAAACAGACAUCAUAAAAGCAGAGGGCAGGGCAAAAAACGUAAAAUAUCGGUUUUACUGUUUUGUAAACUGAGUGCAGCAAGGCAAAAACCUGGUCCCCGGGCUUGGUUUUCAUUGUGUUUUGCCAUUGAGCAUAUUUUUUUAAGUCCAAAACCAACAAAUCAAAUUGGUAUGGCCUAGCAUGCAGUGAGUUGAAUCAGUUGUAACCUGGAUGUGUAAUCCGUGAAUAGUUUCAUCAGGUUGGUAAGACACUGAGUAAAGGGACUCUUUUUACAAAACCAAGUCUUUUAUUCA